GGUCCCGCCCCGCGCCGCCAUUUUGUGAGUCUAUAUAACACGUAGCCGUUGAGUCCGCUCCUGCUGUUCCAGCGCGUCCCAACUCCGCUUCCCUUUCGGGUCGCCUUCGUGUGCCAUGGACGGCAUUGUCCAAGAUAUAACAGUUGGUACAAAGCGGGGAUCUGACGAACUUUUCUCUACUUGUGUCACUAACGGACCUUUUAUCAUGAGCAGCAACUCUGCUUCUGCAGGCAUGCUGCUAGGAUCACUACACAGGGUGCUUCUUGACAGCUGGGAACUGAAUGAUGCCUCUUUAUUCGGGGCCAAUGGAAACGACAGCAAGAAGUUCAAAGGUGACAGCAGAACUGCAGGAAUCCCGUCGCGAGUGAUCCACAUCCGCAAGCUGCCCAGUGACGUCACGGAAGCCGAAGUGAUUUCCUUGGGGCUGCCUUUUGGCAAGGUCACUAACCUACUGAUGUUGAAAGGGAAGAAUCAGGCUUUCAUAGAAAUGAACACGGAGGAAGCAGCUAACACCAUGGUUAGCUACUACACCACAGUAACUCCUGUCCUUCGGAGCCAGGCCAUCUACAUCCAGUUCUCCAACCACAAAGAGCUGAAGACGGACAACUCUCCAAACCAGGCGCGCGCUCAGGCAGCCCUGCAAGCGGUGAACUCCGUGCAGUCCGGGAACCUCGCGCUGUCUGCCACCGCUGCAGCUGUGGAUGCUGGGAUGGCCAUGGCUGGGCAGAGCCCGGUCCUGAGGAUCAUUGUGGAAAACCUCUUUUAUCCCGUCACCCUGGAUGUCCUGCAUCAGAUUUUCUCCAAGUUUGGCACCGUGCUGAAAAUAAUCACCUUCACAAAGAACAACCAGUUCCAGGCGCUGUUGCAGUAUGCGGACCCGAUGAGCGCCCAGCACGCCAAAUUGUCUCUCGACGGACAAAACAUCUACAACGCUUGCUGCACACUCCGCAUUGACUUCUCAAAGCUCACCAGCCUCAACGUGAAGUACAACAACGACAAGAGCAGGGACUAUACCCGGCCAGAUCUGCCUUCUGGAGACAGCCAGCCCUCCCUCGACCAGACCAUGGCAGCUGCUUUCGGUGCUCCGGGGAUUAUUUCUGCCAAUCCUUACACAGGGGCCGGCUUCCCGCCCGCUUUUGCGAUUCCUCAAGCUGCAGGCCUCUCAGUCCCCAAUGUACACGGAGCUCUUGCUCCUUUGGGUAUCCCGUCAGCAGCGGCCGCAGCGGCAGCCGCAGGGCGGAUUUCGAUUCCCGGCCUUUCCGGGGCCGGGAACUCCGUCCUGCUGGUUAGCAAUUUGAACGCCGAGAGAGUUACACCCCAAUGCCUCUUUAUUCUUUUCGGGGUAUAUGGUGAUGUGCAAAGAGUGAAGAUCUUGUUUAAUAAGAAAGAGAACGCCUUGGUUCAAAUGGCGGAUGGCAAUCAAGCCCAGCUGGCCAUGAGCCACCUCAAUGGCCAAAAGCUUCACGGAAAGCCCAUCCGCAUCACUCUGUCAAAACACCAGACGGUACAAUUGCCCCGCGAAGGGCAGGAAGACCAGGGGCUGACCAAGGACUACGGCAACUCCCCCCUCCACCGUUUCAAGAAGCCAGGCUCCAAGAACUUCCAAAACAUUUUCCCCCCUUCCGCCACCCUCCACCUCUCCAAUAUUCCGCCUUCGAUAAUCGAAGACGACCUCAAGCUGCUGUUCUCCAGUAACGGCGGGAUGGUGAAAGGAUUCAAAUUCUUCCAGAAAGACCGCAAGAUGGCUCUCAUCCAAAUGAGCUCCGUGGACGAGGCCAUCCAGUCGCUCAUCGACCUCCACAACCACGACCUCGGCGAAAACCACCACUUGCGCGUCUCCUUUUCGAAGUCCACCAUCUAGGCGGUUUUGGGAGGCGCCCAUGCGGCAGAAUAAUGGACCCUGACUGAGAAACAAAACGAAACGAAAGCCACGGCCGUCGCCACCCUUCCUUGUGGCCUCGGCCUCGGCGUCUUUUUUUUCCAAGGGCUGGGCCACCGGCAUGGGGGUGGGACAACUUCCGUCAUUCCAGAAACAAAAAGAAGCCACUUUAAAAAGAGAGAGAGAGAGAUUGCAGCUGAAGUGACCUUAAAAAGACAACAGAUUUUAUUUUUU